GCCAUCCAUAAUAUUGUCAUCGAAACGGCAGUACCGGUAGUUUACCGUGAAUGGCCAUGUAUGACGCGGUGGUGAUAGGGGCCGGGAUCGAAGGGUCAGCAACUGCCUACACCCUCGCCAAAAAUGGACAAAGAACCUUGCUACUUGAACAGUUUCCACUUCCACACUCACGAGGCAGUUCACAUGGACAAAGCCGCAUCACGCGAAUUGCCUACGCCAGUGACGAUCAUUACGCUGUUAUGAUGAAAGAAGCCCACGUGCUUUGGCGAGAUCUAGAACGAGAGUCCUGCAUUAAUAUAUUUGAGAACUGUGGCUACUUAUCUGUUGGGACUCCCGAAGACCCUUUCAUCAAGGAUACGCUGACAUCACUAAGAAAGCACGGAGUUAAAUAUGACAUAAUUAGUCAUAAUGACAUAAAAUCGAGGUACCCCAUGAUAAAUGUUCCAGCGUCCACUAUAGGUGUCCUUGACCACAGCGGGGGGAUACUGAGGGCGGACAAAGCCCUGAGUGCCUUUCAGGAAUGUUUUAAAAGACACGGAGGAACAAUUAAUGACGGUGAACCGGUACUUCAAGUUAUUCCCGGAGACGUGGUCACUGUGAAGACGUCUAAGUCCACGUACCAGACGUCUCACGUGGUCAUCACAGUGGGUCCGUGGACAACAAAGUUCCUGCCAUCUCUAGGUCUUCAUCUUCCAAUGAAGCCGAUACGGAUCUCUGUCCAUUACUGGAAAGAGAAGUGGCGAGGUCAAUAUUCGAUACAGAAGUUCCCGACUUUCAUGUAUGGUAGCGUGUAUGUGAUGCCGUGUUUUGAAUACCCUGGCCACGUCAAGGCCUGUCUUCACGAUGGACCGGAAAUAGACCCCGAUGACAGGGAUGCAGUAAAUACGAAUUACGUCACGGAAACAGUACAGAAAUACGUGUCCGAACACCUUCCGGGGUUGGAAACAGUCCCCUCCGUCACAGAAACCUGUAUCUAUACGAUGACGCCUGACAAACAGUUUAUUCUAGACAACCAUCCGAGGUGGAAAAACAUAAUCAUUGGAGCAGGGUUCUCUGGGCAUGGUUUCAAGCUAGCGCCUGUAGUGGGAAAACUACUAUCGGAACUAGUCCUGAGGAGGCAGCUGUCCUACGAUCUGACAAAAUGUCGAAUAGACAGAUUUCUUCCCCCCAAACAUCAGCUCUGAACUAUUACAUGCAUAUUCCGCACUUUAAUUAUUGAAGGUCUCCCGGACUUUAAACUGAGCUGACCUCUAAAUCAAACGACACCGAGGAUUUUCAAAACUGCCAUAUAUUAUUUGCGAAAUUUUCUGCAUUGACUGCGGAAAAUAGGCAACCUGUAUUAAGAGACCACCUGUCAUAUGUGACCAUUUUUCCAUUCUCCGUUGGACGGUCUCUUAAUACAGGUUUGACUGUAUGUCAUAAAGUGUCAGGGACCCCCCCCCCCCCCUCCCGAGUCUGUCUAUCCUGGGUGCACUCCGAACCCUUGUAUUGUAAGGAGGGGGUCUUCAACUGGUCGUGUGUUAUUCUAUGUAACCAGAGACUCUACUACAGUAAAACGUGCCUAUAGCGAAGUGCCGGGGACCAACCGUUUUCGUUCAUUAUAAAUGUAAUUCGUUAUAUCCAAUGGGUUCGUAAUACAUGUAUGUUUAAAAUUUACAGGGAAUGAAAAUCACUUCGCUAUAAUCGUGUUUUACUGAAAUCAUGUAUGAAAUAUAUAAUGUAUAUUACUUGUCAAUCAACGGACAACAUCUUGAAGAUCUACAUUUCUGAUAGUUACUAGUAUGCGUUAAGCGAAAGGGGAGGGGAGGGGUAUCAAAUGCUGUCGAUAUCGACUGGACAUAUCUAAACAGAUUUCUAAUAUUAAUAGUUACAGUAUAUUAUGCAGAAUCAAAUGCAUUGAUUAUGUUUGUAGGGGAUGUCGAUAAUUGACAUUCACUGUAGACAUCUGUAUUCAUUGUACACGGGUUAAAAUAUUGUGGAUGUUACUGUUGUUGUUCAUCGACGAGAAUUAAAUGCUAUCGAAAUGUACUAUAUGCUAUUUACUAGUAUACAUUCUGUGUCAAUUGCUCACCAAGGGUGAUUAAAUUCUGCUGAAUCGACAUUUUUCUGAUACCAACAUCCACUAAAACGCACACACACACAUUCAAGGCUUUCAUACUUUGUAUAACAUUCGUUCACCCGAGGGCCAGUGUGCUUGUACUAAUCCCUUCUCGUAUUUCUACCCUAGCAAUAACUUUCAUAGUGGGGGGUCUUUAUCCUAGUCUUGUAUUACUGAACAUUUGUUGUAAAAGUAUCCGUGUUCUUAAAGCUGUAUGGUCCGAAUUACAAUAUUUUUUUCCAUCUCGUAAAAACGCUAUUAAAUCAUCGCACGUAUGUAGUUAUGAGACUGUACGACAUAUCAUAAAUUAUUUCACCUGUUUUAACCCAAAUAAUUUGAUUUUAAAUCGAUGUUUACAAAUAACCGCGUCACUCUGCCAUUUCGAGUGACAGUCACGUGACCAGUUCAAACUUUAAGAUCAUCGAUGGUAUUAUCUGUGUGAAGUUGUGUAUUUUGUUAUAACAGUACCGUACCAUAAGUUUAAUAAAAAUAAAAAUAUCAAAUACCUCUUG